AUGGCUUCCGCAAACAAUGAUCGUGUAUGUAAAGAUGGUGGUAGUAGUAACAAGCCUCCUUUGUUUUCCGGUCAAUAUUUCGACUUUUGGAAAAUCUGUAUGAAGGCACAUUUAGAAGAACAAGGAAGUGACAUAUGGGAGGCGGUUCAAAAUGGUCCUUUUAUUCCUACAACGGUUGUCAACGGUGCUAGUUCAACAAAGCCACAAGGAUCAUGGGAUGAUGAUGAUAAGAAAAGGGUUCUCUAUGAUAAAAGGAGAUUAAUAUUUUACAAAGUGCACUUGGAAUGGAUGAAUUCUUCCGUGUCUCAACAUGUACAACGGUCUUUAACAAGAGAAUGGCAACCCAAAGUGACGGCGAUUUCCGAAAAGAAAAGUUUAUCAACAAUGACAUCCGCUACUUUAUUCGAAAAGCUUCAAGAAUAUGAAAUGGAACUUGGACUAUUGGAGAAACAUGAGGUGCAAGAGAAGAAAUCCAAGAGCAUUGCCUUAAAAGUUGAUUCCAAAGUUGUGAAGAAAGAAGACAAUCCCGAAGAGGACGAAAACUUUAUGCUUCUUGUAAAAAGACUAGGAAAAUAUUUUGGUGCAAAAAGUUCUUCAUCGGAUUCCGAUAGUGAUCAAAGCGCAAAUCUAGCAUUGAUGGCAUCACAUCAUUCCGACGAUGAAGACGAUGAGGUUAGUAGUAACUUUUCAAUUUUUGAUAAUGAUGCUCAAGGAGAAAUUGAUGAACUUUUAAGUGAAUGCAAAAUUCUAUACAAAACCAUUUCAUCUCACAAGAAUCAAAUAUCAACUUUGGAAGAAAAUAUUGAGAAAAUGAAAAAUAAUCUCAAAGAUGAAAAUGAAGAAUUAAUCAAGAAUUUUGCAUGCACUAAAUGUGAGUCACUUGCUUUUCAAAUAGUUCAAUUGAAGAGAGUUAUUGAAACAUAUGAAAAAGGUCAAAUCGGAUUGGAACAUGUUCUUAGUAGUCAAAGAUACUCAAAUGAUAAAAGUGGUUUAGGUUAUUCAAAUUUUGCUAAACAAACUUCUAACAAGACCAUUUUUGUAAAAGCUAAAGAACAAAUUCCUUUAGAUAAAAGUAACAAGCCUAAAGUGGUUCAUCAAUAUAAUAAUAGGAAAAGGAACAAAUCUUAUUAUAAAAAGAAAUCUUAUUCCCCUAGAUAUAAAAGCAACUUUGAGCCUACAUGUUUCUAUUGUGGUAUUAAAGGUCAUACUCCUAAUGCAUGUUAUGUAUGCUUGAAGACCUCCUCAAAUCAAUGGUAUCUUGAUAGUGGGUGUUCAAGGCACAUGACGGGUGAUUUAAACAAUUUUUCACAUCUAACGCUUAAGGCCAAAGGAUAUGUUACUUAUGGUGACAACAACAAAGGAAGAAUCCUUGGCGUAGGCAUCAUUGGUUCACCGCCUUCAACAUCUAUAGAAGAUGUCCUAUUUGUAGAAGAUAACUUGUCUUUGAAUGUUAGGUGUCUCUUGGCAAACAACAAUGAAUCAUGGUUAUGGCACAAGAGGUUUGCUCAUAUUCAUAUGGAGCACUUGAAUAAAUUGAUCAAGCAUGACUUAAUGUCUAAGAGAAUAAAAACCAUGUAUUUCGGUCCUUCUCGUUCAUUGAGACGGUUCGCAAGUGAUGAACAUGAACCUGAAGCCCGCACAUUUCCUUCCCAAGCGGAAUAUGUUGCUUAUGCUAAUUGGUCUGAGGGCAGGACAACUUUUAUGGGGGGUGCAGGAGGUGGUGCAACCCAUGACGAUGAGAUGGAGGACGUCCUUGGAUCUGUUGGUGGUGGCCAAGAGGAGGAAGAUUGA